CUCGUUACAAAUAGCCCUCAAGCUUCCUUCAAACCCGCCCACCAGUAGCACAUAGUGUGUUUGCCACACCUAUCGAACUUUCUAGAAGCCAAUGCAGCAAUGUCGUUUCCGGCCAUGGAAGUCGCUCGGAGUCCUCACCUCCCAUGCGUUCCCGUGGACGCGAACGCGACAGACAGCAACAGUGCCACCGACGUCCUCGACCUCUGGCGGCAGCAAAAACAAAUCCCGGCUCCCUUCGUCUGGCCCCACGCGGACGCACGGCCGUCGUCGAUGUUGGAGCUGGACGUGCCUGUGGUCGACAUAGGCGCAGCUCUGCACAGCGCCGCCGGGAUGGGCCGUGCCGCGGCGCAGGUCGCCGAGGCGUGCGCGAGCCACGGCUUCUUCCAGGUGACCGGGCACGGCGUGGACCUCGCGCUGGCCCGCGCCGCGCUCGACGGCGCGGCGGACUUCUUCCGCCUGCCGCUCGCCACCAAGCAGCGCGUCCGCCGCUCCCCGGGGACCGUGGAAGGGUACGCCUCCGCCCACGCCGACCGCUUCGCCGCCAAGCUUCCCUGGAAGGAGACUCUCUCCUUCAGCCACAACCACGACGAUGUCGGCGCCCGCGGCAACAGCCACGUCGUCGUGGACUACUUCACCUCCGCCCUAGGCGACGACUUCAAGCACCUAGGGGAGGUGUACCAGGAGUACUGCGAGGCGAUGGAGGAGGCGUCGCUGGCGAUAAUGGAGGUGCUGGGGGUGAGCCUGGGGCUGGGGAGAGGGUACUACAGGGACUACUUCGCCGACGGCAGCUCCACCAUGAGGUGCAACAACUACCCGCGGUGCCCGGAGCCAGACCGGACGCUGGGCACGGGGCCGCACUGCGACCCGUCGGCGCUCACCAUCCUGCUGCAGGACGGCGAUGUGGACGGGCUCCAGGUGCUCGUCGACGGCGCAUGGCGCUUCGUGCGGCCCAAGACCGGCGAGCUCGUGGUAAACAUCGGCGACACCUUCAUGGCGCUGUCGAACGGGCGGUACAAGAGCUGCCUCCACCGCGCGGUGGUGCACCGGGAGAAGGAGCGCCGGUCGCUAGCCUACUUCCUCUCGCCGCGGGAGGACCGGGUGGUGCGCCCGCCGCCGUCGCCGGCGCCGGCGCCGCGGCUCUACCCGGACUUCACCUGGGCGGAGCUCAUGCGCUUCACGCAGCGCCACUACCGCGCCGACUCUCGCACGCUCGACGCCUUCGCGCGCUGGCUUGACCCGCCGAGCUUCUCCGCCGCGCCCUUGCCGCACGGCCCGGCCCAGGCCCAAGGGACUGUCUAGUGUGUGUGAUUGAUGAUUAUCUAUCUCUGCUGUAUCCUCAAAAAAAAAAAAUCUAUCUCUGCUGUUGCGAACCAAUCUCUGGUUGAGAUGGUUAGGUGGACAGUGAUAUCCCUAACUAUCAAGGUUUAAAUUCUGGUGCUCGUAUUUAUUCUGGAUUUAUUUCAGAAAUUCCGGCGAUACGCUUUCAGUGGGAGAAUACGUUCUCGUCGACUACGAGGCGCCGUUUAUAUGAGCGCUUGCGUCUGUACUGUGUUAAAAAAAAUCUAUCUCUGCUAUUGUGAGCUAGUAACUACGGUACUGACUAAUUAGUAUUUAUAUUUG